AUGUUGUUCACGGCUUACUACCUCUUCAGCCUCGUGGGGCAUGCUUUGGCUGUCCUCGCUGCGUCUCGACCAACGGCCCAUACUGUGAAUGGGACAUAUUCAGGACUGAGCAUACCAUCUUUCAACCAAGAAGCAUUCUAUGGCAUUCCGUAUGCACAAGCGCCGGUUGGAGACCUUCGUCUUCGACGGUCUCUGCCAUACAACCAAUCGUGGUCUGGCGUAAGAAAUGCAACAGUUCGAUCUGACUCUUGCCCGGGGUAUAACGGAUUCCCACUUGCUCUUGUUGGUGGGAGUCUUGUUGACGGACUUACUCUGGGAGAAGAUUGCUUGACCAUUGACAUUGUCCGACCAGCCAACACAAAUCCUUCCGACAAGUUACCCGUCUUCACCUGGUUUUAUGGUGGAGGUUUCAUCGCCGGGGGAUCCGCCGAUCCCAAAUACAACUUGUCGUACAUUGUACGAAACUCAAUAGAGAUGAAUAAGCCCAUUAUUGGUACUGUUAUUAAUUAUCGAACGAUGUGCUUUGGCUUCUUGGCAUCGAAAGAAGUUCUAAAUGCCAACGUUAGCAAUCUCGGGCUCUUUGACCAGCGAAAGGGCCUCAAAUGGAUCCAAGAGAAUAUUGAAAGCUUUGGUGGUGAUCCUGACAAGGUGACAAUCGCGGGAGAGAGUGCAGGCGGCUCCAGCACGGGUUAUCACUUAAUUGGCUUCAAAGGCAAUAACGACGGACUGUUCCGUGGAGCAAUAAUGGAGAGUGCAAGUCUGCUGGGAGCUCCAAGCUGCAACACCUCAAAUGAUAGCCUAGCCUGCCUGCGAACUGUCCCUUAUGAAACUUUACACCAAGCAUGUACCGGGUUCCGCCAAACGCCGAUUAUGGAUGGCGAAUUCAUCUCACAAUUACCGUCGCAGUCUAUUCAAAAAGGAGAAAUCGCCGAUGUUGCCAUCAUCAUGGGCAGUAAUACUGACGAAGGAACCGCGGUUUUCUUAGGACCUCGGGCGAAUCCUUUGAACACCGAUCAGGAAGUAUUUAAGUAUAUCCAGGCUCUUGGAAGUGGCCUCAAUAAUGAAACAGUAGAGACGGUUAUGAGUUUAUAUCCGGAUGACCCUACUUGGGGUUGCCCAUUCGGGACUGGGCCCGAACGAUUUGCAGAUCAGGGAUUUCAGUACAAACGAGGUGCUGCUAUUGCAGGAGACUACUUUAUACAUUCGGGGCGAAGGUUCUAUGCCAAUUCACACAGCAUUCGGAGCCAAAAGCCAAUCUAUACGUAUCGAUUUGAUCAAGCGCCUUGGAAUAUGAGGGAGCCCUCCAUUAUGAUCAUACCGCCAGUCUAUGUCACGCAUUACUCGGAGGUACUUAUUCUGUAG